AUGAAUACAACUCAAACUUAUAAAAUGAAGGAGAAUACAACGGAGCACGGCGAUAAUAAAGCAAAGUCUACGCCUAUUGCUAUGGUGGCACCAGAACUGAAACAGAAUGCGGAUGCUGACACAGAAAUAACUAAAGCCUGUGCUGUGUUGGGAUGUGAAGACUUCAAGAAUUUGGAUGCUGAGUCUUUUUUUAGGUUUCCAGAGGAUGCAAACCUAAGACAGAUAUGGACAGACCUGACGGGUCGGAACAACUGGACUCCAACGGACUACUCAUAUAUUUGUAUGCAACACUUCUCCAUCGACUGCUUCAAGUGUGAUGAGAAUGAUCAGAUGGUGUUAGUGGAUAAAGCUGUUCCGUCUCUUAAGUUACCUAGACAUGUUUUAGAGGUUGAAUAUAUAGAUGAGGAAACAUUAGACAAUGAAGAAGAAGAUUACAUGUCUACUGAUGAGGACGACGAGAAAGCCAACAAUACUUCCUUAGAUCUAAACAUACCUCAGAAAGAACUAGAUAGCAUUGAGCUGCUCAAACUAUUCUCUGAAGUACAAAGGCUUCAGAGACAGGCUGUAGGCCUAAAAGACAAACUGAAAUACAACAUGAAAGUACAUAACAGACAGAAUAGAUUUCUGAAGAGAAUAAAGGAGAUAAUAGAGAUGAAGAAGAAGGUUUUGAACCAGAAACGCAAGAAAAAAUGCAGGAUCCUCCUGUCAUUACAGGAUAAAAUCAAGGAGGAUACAACAGGGCUGGUCUUAGCUAUGCCCAUGCGACAGACAGAAGACUUGAAAAACUUCGCUCUAAGUAUCUACAAAUACUCCCCACAAGCGUACAUUUAUAUUAGGAACACACUACGAACGAUGUUGCCAAGUACUGAGAUUCUUGAUGCAUGGAUCACAGCGGGUUACCAGCCUAAAAAUGUUAUUUCCAAUAGCAACCUGAUUAAAGUGGUUGCUGAACAAACAGAGACACAACUUUCAUGUAAAGUUAUGAUAGGAUAA